AUGAGCGCACACAAUACUCCAAGUAAUUAUAAGGCCACUAUCCAAACUCAAUCUGCUCAUCAUACUGAAGCGCCAACAGAAGUCGAAAGUCGCAUCGAUAAAGGUUACCUCAUCUCUGUUCGUGCUAUUCUCAAGUAUGCCUGUUUAUUAUUUUGUUUUACUGCAUUUAUUUGCGUGGCAUCAACACCGCAAUGUUCUGGCAAUCAUGUAUUUCUUAGUGUUGUCACAGUACUUGUUGUGAUAAUGCAAAUUUGCAUUAUUGUUGUUUAUGUUUUUCGCUUGAGAACAAAAUUCUCUGGUAUUGAUUUUGAACUUUUGGAUUUCUUUGCAACGUCUUAUGAAGCUUUGAAUUUGUUGAUUGCCUCAAUCGCGAUAAUUAACUAUUGUCGCGUUCCAGGUCAAAUGGCUGGCGGAGCAAUGGGAAUCAUAGCAUCUUUAUUUCUGAGUGGUGAUGCUGUUAUUAUAUUCUGGGCUCAGCGUAAAGAAACAAAUACUAAUACGCAACAUAGUGGUACACGAUAA